AUCUCUCGUUCAUUUGAUACACAAUGGCUUCGUCUGCACCGCAGGGAUCUAUUGAUCCUCUCACCGGUAAAGAUCCGGCAAAAGCGUUGACCGCCGUAGCGUCUGGAUUUUUCGAGAAUGUGAAGAAAAACAAGCAAAGCUUCUUCCAGUUCGCCGCCAUGACUGGGAUCUUGCUUCUGAGCUUCCGAUCCGUAAGCCAGAAGUACCGAAUCCACGAUCUGGAGGAAGACACGGCUGUUCUCAAGAAGGAGAGCGAUACUUUGACGGAUCGUAUGAGUAAAAUCAAGAGCGAGCUUCUGCAUCAAGCGUCCAUCGACUCUUCCGGCGUCUUUGCUGCUCGACUCCGUCUACUUUUCGGCGAGGAUAAAAAGUGACCGGAGAUUGAAUUUGGUUUGAAGUCAACGAGGUUACGGUCAUGCGAUGUUAUGUUAUAGGUCUAUACAGAUGUCUCUGAAUAAGUACGGUUUGCAAGGUGAUGUGAUUCAGACAAUGGAGUAUCGUUUUGGUUUUGUGUGAAAUCUUGCUUGGUGUUUAUGUUUAUGAACGGUUAGGUUUUGCAGAUUUGUAUGAGGCAUUUCAUCGAACACUUUAACUGCGUUUUGGACUUGAGAAAUUUUUAUA